AUGGCCUUGCUGCUUGGAAUGCUGGAAAUUAUCGAUCAAUUUGAAUCGACACUCCAAUCCAAGCCUGUUCAUCAGAGAGCAUGGACGUUCCUCCAUCUCGCCCAAUAUGCCGCCUUCAUACUCUACGCCGUGGGAAUGGGAAUGGGAAGAGCGGACCUCAACAAAGCGGCUUCUAUUAUCGUGGUGGUUGUCUUUGUCGUCCAAGUGACAAUAUGUGGAGUCUUGUUCCGCCACAAGCAUGAGCUUGCAAGUGAAAACAGAUUACUACUCGUUGCAAUUGCAAGCAUCCCGUUCCUAGGAGUACAUGUCGCCUAUGGGCUUUCAACAAUACUCGUUCCCAGUGACAGUGCCUUCACCAAUGGGCUGACGAACGUCCUCGUCAGCGCGUUCUUACAAUACUUGAUGGAGUUCAUCGUCACAACACUCUUUCUCUACGCGAGUGUUGUUUUCUUGCCCGGCAAGCAGGUUGAAUCUGAUAAUUUUGGAAUUAAUUUGAUUGAUGAAAAUCGAAGCGGUGGGAACUAUAUCAAACUACUCUCCAGUCUUUAA